AUGGCUUCUACAAUAUCCCUCAAGGAGCUGUCCAAAGCCAUCAAGGACUUCAUCGUCGAGCCGACCGUGCCCCUUCCCGACGAUCUCACCGAGACAAUCGCUGGCUACCUGCGGAGGCGCGAAAAGUAUGACGAUGCUGCGUCUGAUCGGCUGCAGGAGGAGCUGCUGCUCAUCUUUGAUAAGAAUGUCCGGGGCAACCCUGCCGCGGCUGGCGCCUGGCUGAGCAUCUUGCGCCGGCUAUUUACCGUGCUGCGGACUCCCGAACGAAUACUGGUGUGGUUGGACGCUUGCAAGGGCAUUCUCGACAAGACGGGAUUCGACAAGAACGUUGUCGCCGAGGCCAUGGAGAUACUCAACGAGAUUGUCACCAUUUCCGACGACUACCACGAUGGCAUCGGCAAGGACUCGGCGACGAACCCCCUCAUCGAUCGACUGUUUGAGAUAUGGAUGGACGAAGUUCACCCUGCCCGCUUUGAGGGCUACCAGCCGUCAGAGCACAGUGAAAAGAUGAUUAGCGAUGCGCUGGGGCAAUUUGGAAAGAAGCGACCAAAAGAAUUCUUCUCUUCGUUGGACGGCUACCUCGUCAAGAAAAAGUUUAGAAAAGCCAGUCUGAACUUCUUCUGUUCAUUUAUCCAAUCACAGCCGCCCCAUCUACAUCAAGUGGCUCAAACCCCUUUAUUUACCAACCUCUUAACAUGCCUUCAGCAAGAUACGUCAACCACGGUCAUCUCGGCUGCGCUGACCGCACUCAUCAUGUUACUACCGCACAUGCCUAGCUCUUUGGUGCCACACUUGCCUACUCUCUUUAACAUCUAUACCAGGCUACUAUUCUGGGAAAAGGAGAGGGCGGGAACCAUGGAGUCGCCCUUUCACGACUCCGAACAGGCAAGCCGGUGGGAGGUUUUUGCCUACGACCCGGAGACGGAAGACACCGGCAUAUCACACCUGUCCAACUACUACACGAUUCUAUACGGUCUCUAUCCCAUUAAUUUCAUGGACUACAUUCGCAAACCCCAAAGGUAUAUGCGCCAUGCCAACGUGUCCGGUGCGGACGAAAUCGAGGUACAGCCGACGGAGAUUCGACAUCAGUCGGAACAAUUCAGGAGAUGCCACGUACUUCACCCCAACUUUUACACACUCACCAUCGAAACGGAAAAGACCGAUUUCGGGCGUUGGAUCAAGAGCGAAGCCGCCGAGGUCGUGGCCGAAUGCAUGGCGCUGUGUGUUGCGCCAGAAUCCCAAAUGUUUGGCGACCACGAACUGUUACAUCUGCCAGACUCUUCGGGCCGGGUUCUCAACGACGAGUUGAGCCAAGCCAGGUCAGACCCUGGAUUGCUGAGCAGCUCGGUGACCAAGGUGAAUUCGUGGAGGAACACUCAUAUGUCGACAACAGAGUCCGUCACCAGCGACCGUACACCAUCGACACUGAUGCGGCGAGGCUCUCAAUCCAGUCACCAUUCGGCGAGAGAUUCUGGGGAAGCUGCACGAAACAAGGAUUUCUUCGGCGUGGACAGCCCUUCUGGCACUCAGCUGCUCCAGUCGGCCUCCCAUACUCAGCUUCAAGAUCUUAUUAGGUCGAACAAGGUAAUCAAGAGCAGUCUUCACCAAUCCUUGGCAAACGACAGCGUACCAUCUCUUGCUCUGAGUCAUCAGGAGUCUGUAGUGGAUAGGCCCUCGACGAUGAUGACGCUGCCACCGCAGACUCAUACGCCCGUAUCCGCUGGAGAAAGUAGCAAUGCGCAAAUUGCUCACCUGCAAAGACAACUCAUCUUGUUGCAAAAUGACCUCAGCUUUGAGAGAUAUCUUAAGCAGCAACACAUGGCCCAUAUCGGCGAGCUCAGGCGGAGGCAAAUGGCGGAGGCCGCCACCGAGGCAGAAAUGCAGAAUCUAAUCAUGAUGAAUCGAAACCUCAAGAGCCGCUACGAAGAGGCCAAGAUGUCUGAGAUGCAAGUCCGCAAGGAGUCGGAAAAGAGCAGGGCCAUGGCGAAGAAGUGGGAAGCAGACCUCGCAAACAAGCUGAAAAAUCUGCGUGAAGAGUCAAAGAAGAUGCAGACGGAGAUUGACUUGGUUCGGAAAGAGCUCGAGGAGAGCCUGCGGGAAUGUGAAAAGCUGCGCAAGCUCGUGUGCGACGCCGAAGUGAAGGAGCUGAACGCAAAGCAAAACAUGCAGGAGAUUGAGAUUCACGGUGCAGAGAUUGACCGGCUCAAGGCAGAAGUCGAGCGACUAUCGCUUUCGGAAAGAGACUAUCAGGCGAGGGAGGUUGAACGAAUGGCAGCGGCCAACGCGGCUGAGGAUGCGCAGAACCAACUGGAAACGCUCAAGCAGCAGUUGACGGCUUCGGAGGCGGAGGUGCAGAGAACGAAGAAGCUUUUCCAAUCCCAGGUGGCAACGCUUCAGACACAGCUUUCAGAAGCUCGUGAGGAACGGAACAGGCCCGCGGUGACGGUGAACAUUGCAGUCGAGAGUGCUCUGGCGGCGAGCCGGGCCAAGCAGGCCGAGAUGCAGAAGCAGUACAGCCUGCUGACGCGCAAGUACACGAUGCUGCAGUCGUCUCUUCUCGACAUGCAACUGGAAGCAUCAACUACAACGGAAAAGUCUAGCAUCGCGGAAGGCGAGGAGGAUCUCAUGUCGUCAUCUACGGGGCCAAUGGCGAUGAAAUCAAGGCCCCUCCAACUUCUAUCAACGACGGAAUCUAUCGAAGGAGCAGGGUACAAUGUCACAUCUCCUCCCGUAUCAAACCCGGGGACUCCUACAUCAUCUGUGCUGCAGCCGCUGCAGCCGACUAGCUCCGCAGGUACAGGCGGGACGGACGGACAGUCGUCAUCGGCUAAUCUGUCGAUGAGCCCGGAAAGGAGUUAUUUUGGCAGUGGACUCCAGAGCAUGAUUCGCAGGGAUAGCAAAGACAAGGCCAAAGACGAGUCUGGCAAGCCCAAGAAGGAGAAGAAGACGUUGGGCUUAAGGGGGAUCCGGGGAUUUGUGGGCAGUAGCUAA